AUGACCUCUGCAACGCAGCUGCAGCAGCAGCCCAACGGACAGGGCGGCGACGACGACGACGGCAUGGGCGCCGAGUUCACGCGCACCGUGGUCGAGGCCAUGGGCCCGGCGACGUCGCCGCGGCUGCGCGAGGUCAUGUCGGCGCUCAUCCGGCACGUGCACGACUUUGCGCGCGAGGUGCAGCUCACGACGGACGAGUGGAUGGCGGGCGUGCAGCUCAUCAACGCGGCCGGGCAGAUGAGCAACGAGAAGCGCAACGAGGGGCAGCUGCUGUGCGACGUGAUUGGCCUCGAGUCCCUCGUCGACCACAUCACCUUUAGCGCCGCGACCAAGAGCACAAAGGGCCUCACGGCGUCGGCCAUCCUGGGCCCCUUUUGGCGGCACGACACGCCGCUCCGCGAAAACGGCAGCUCCAUCAGCUUCGACACGCCCGCCGACGCGCAGGUCGUCUUCAUGCACGGCAGGGUCGCCGACGUGGCGACGGGCGCGCCGCUGGCCGACGCGACCGUCGAGGUGUGGCAGGCGUCGACCAACGGCCUCUACGAGCAGCAAGACGACGAGCAGGUCGAGCACAACCUGCGCGGCGUCUUCAAGACGGACGCCCAGGGCGCGUACUCGCUGUACUGCCUGCGCCCGACGCCCUACCCGGUCCCCCAGGACGGCCCCGCCGGCAAGCUGCUCGGCCUCAUGGACCGGCACGUGUUCCGGCCGGCGCACAUCCACUUCAUGGUCGUGGCCGACGGCUACCGCUCGCUGGUGACGCAAAUCUUCGACGAGGACUGCAAGUACCUGGCCAACGACUCCGUCUUCGCCGUCAAGGACGACCUGCGGGUGCGGUUCGAGCCGCGCGCGGGCGACGAGCGGGCGUCGCUGGAGCUCGAGUACAACAUAAAUCUGGCCAAGGCGGAGUGA